UUAAUCGAUAUUACCGCAUUCUCACCUCUAAUUUAAAAUCCACUGUUUUGUUUUGGUAAACAGGAGUAAACAUGAGCUACAUCCAAUUUGAAAGUGCUAGAGAGAAGGAAAAAGCGCGCCAGGAGCUGCGAGAGGCCCGUUCUGCUAUGUUACAGCAGGCUAAGGAACGAGCGGAGCUUCGUGACCAGCGGGCGCGGCAGAAGGAACUGCGUGGUGAAAACGACUGGAUGCUGCCGGCGGUAGCCAAGAAACUAGAGAAGCCGGCCAAAAAGGCGAAGAAAAAGAGUUCCAAGCACAAGUCUAGGUCCAAGUCGAAGUCCUCCAAAAAGAGCAGAAAGCACCACAGCAGCAGCGACAGCGACAGUACCAAUUCAUCCUCAUCCACCUCUUCAAGUGAGGAUGAAAAAGAGCGCAAGCGACGCAAGAAAAAGUCCAAGAAAAGUCGAAAAGAAAGCACCAGCGAGGACGAGUGGGUGGAGGCUUCUUCACCUUCUGCUUCCUCUGGGGACAAGGUUGCCGAAAAGGAGUCCCUCCAGCGUGACUCUUGGAUGACCAGCGAGGCUCUGUUGUUGAAGACCUUCUCCAAAGAGCGCAAGGAACCGGCCAAACCCAACGAGAAGGCCCAACAAAUCGAUGCCUACGAUCCAGCAAAGAGCGGUCGUGAGCUGAAUCCCUACUGGAAGAGCAACGGCACGGGUCUGCCAAGCUUCCAGAAGCCACAGGAGGACGAAGAGCGGCAUGCCGCCAGGCCGCAAUCCAGCAGCUCCGGCCAGGGAUCAUCGCGUGGUUGGCGUAAACCCUCUGCAAAGGUUCCCAGUCCAGCAAGGAGGAGCAGAUCCCGAUCUAGAAGUGCCUCUUCUUCUGGGGAAGAGGAAGAGGACGCGGCAGGAGAGCAACAGAAACCAAGCUUGUCCUGCCUCACCGAUGAGCAAAUCAACGAGCUGGCCGGCAAGGCCAUCAAGGCGGAACUCAAAGGCAAAAAGGAACUAGCGGCGGAGCUUAAUCAGCAGCUGGAAGCAGCGCGUAAACAGCGAGCAGAGUUUAUUGCAUCCGGCCAGUCAGCACCAAAGACAGCAGUAAAACCAGCCAAGUCCAAAACAGAACAUGUGCUGCUCACUAAGGUGGAUCAGAGAGGCAACGUUCGUCCUCUAGUCCAAUCCGCCGAUCCCAAUGAACUAUACGGCGGUAAAAGAGGUCAGAAACGCAGCAACAAGAAGGUGGACACCCAUGUGGAUGGCCAGCGUGUGAGAUACUUCGCCGACGAUGAUCGCUACGACAUAAAACAAAUGUUUGAGCGGGAGAAGCAUUCGACGGCGGCAGAGGCCAAUCUGCAGUAUGCCGACAUCGUCUCCAAGCACAAGAAUCCCAACGAUGAUUUGGAGGACAUAUUCGCCGACAAGGUGCGCAAGCAGAUCUCGGCAGGGGAUGCCGAGAAACGGGAGCUGCAGAGCGCUAUACGGGAGCACGAAAAGUUGGCGGCCAGUCUGGAGAAUUGUGAGCGCUGCUUCGAUUCCGCCAAGUUGGACAAGCAGCUGCUGGUCUCCCUGGGCGAGAAGAUCUACCUCAGCCUGCCGUGGUACGUGGGCCUGCAGAGUGGUCACUGCAUUUUGACGACCCUACAGCAUGUGCCCUGUUGCACGCAGCUAGAUGAAGACGCCUGGGAGGAGAUGAGCAACUUUCGAAAAGCACUUACCCGCAUGUUCGCCGCCCGACGACAGGAUGUGGUCUUCUACGAGAUCGCCAAUAAGCUACACCGUCGUCCGCAUCUCAGCGUGCACUGCAUUCCCAUUCCCGCCAGGCAGGGCGAAAUGGCGCCCUUCUACUUCAAGAAGGCCAUUGAGGAGUCGGAGCAGGAGUGGUGCAUCAACAAGCAGUUGGUUUCGCUGCGACAAAAGUCUCUGCGGGCGGCCAUUCCCAAAGGACUGCCCUACGUGUGGGUGCACUUCGGCAUGGACUCGGGCUUCGCUCACGUAAUCGAGGAUGAGAAUCGCUUUCCGGCUAAUUUUGCUCAGGAAAUCCUUGGAGGCAUGUUGGAACUAAAUCCCAAUGCUUGGCGCAAGCCACGCAAGGAGACAAACCCCAUUGGAAAAGUAAAAUCUUUUGCCGAGAACUGGAAGAAGUAUGAUUGUACACAGCACUGACCUAGUUUGAUAUUCAAUUGGAUAAGUUUGUUGAUAAUAUAUAUUAAAAAAAAACAUAAUGAUUGGACAAAUGUUUUAAUGUUUAAUGAAUUAA